CGUCGAACGUCAACGAUGGCUCGUACAAAGCAAACUGCCCGAAAGUCCACCGGUGGCAAGGCCCCGCGGAAGCAGCUGGCCACCAAGGCCGCUCGUAAGAGUGCGCCGUCCUCGGGAGGAGUGAAGAAGCCCCAUCGGUUCCGGUCGGGAACGGUGGCCCUGCGGGAGAUUCGCCGCUAUCAGAAGUCCACAGAUCUGCUGCUGCGUAAGGCGCCCUUCCAGCGGCUAGUGCGUGAGGUGGCCCAGGAUUUCAAGACGGACCUCCGCUUCCAGAGUUCGGCCGUGAUGGCGCUGCAGGAGGCCUGCGAAGCGUACCUGGUCGGGCUGUUCGAGGACACCAAUCUGUGCGCGAUUCACGCCAAGCGGGUCACGAUCAUGCCCAAGGACAUCCAGCUAGCUCGUCGUGUUCGUGGAGAACGUAAUUGA